UCACGAGGCCGAGACAGCGACAGGGGUUUGUUUUCCCUUUUGCUCUCGCUCAGCCAGCUGGAGUCGCCGAUGCAGCACGACGUCGACGACAUGCCUGACUCGGCCGAUUUGCACCGCGCUCAGCUGAUUGGCGACAGCAGGGUGGCCCAGCGGCCGAUAUGAUUGCCCCGAAGAAUGCAGCGCAUGAUUUCCAUAUCCACCAACUGCAUCGACGCAGACCGUCUUUCUGCGCUGUCGUUGGAUGCAGCACUGCUUAGAGUGCUGCUGCCGGGCGGGUCUCGAACCAACGGGCAUGGAGAGAGAAUAUGAGAGAGUGAGAGAAAGAGAGAGAGAGAGAGAAAGACAGAGGGAGUGAGGGCAUGAUACUGACUCAACAAAAGGCAGCUCACACCAUUUUGCUCGAAUCGGUCAAAAGUGUCGUAUGCUGCCCACGCUGUGGCAUGCUGUUGUUCCUGUUCCUGGCUCUUCGGCUCUGCAACACGCCCGGACUAGCGACAAAGAAAGCAGUCAACCCGUCAGCAGCCUGCAUACUGGCUAUCCAUCACGACGCCGAGGGCGUCUUUUUUGCCUCUUCUUGGUGUUGUGCUGUUUGGCCCUUCUUGUAUGCCGCGGACUUGCCUAUUUUAUUUUCCCACGGCACCAGAGUGACAUCCCGAGAACUCACCACAGCGUUUGAGCAAACUCCGCUAACUCCCCGGGACAAAGGGUUGAAAAGGUCCCCUUCUCUUGAUGACCGUGCAUAUACUACAGUACAUAUGUCUGUCGCUACGCCGAUGCUUGGCCGAUGCUUCAUGAAUGCCACGUCCAGCAGGGUUUCAUCCGGAUAUCGCUGCGAAUCACAGCUCGAUCUCAAGAACCAGCCUGGAUUCCGGCGAAUACCUGUUUGGUCCUUGCACCCUGUACUAAGCCUUCCAUGCAUGUGCCAGCACUACCAUGUGCGUGAGCACCAGAAAAUCUACGGAGUGAGAAAUCAAAAAGGCUGCUACAUAUGUAGGCAUCUAAUCUGGCGCGAUUCGCUUGUGUGUGUGUGUGUGUGUGUGUGUGUGUGUGUGUGUCUAGCGAGCCUGGCACGGCAUGGCAUUGACGCCACAGUGCUCUCAUCAUGGAGAUGAAGCUUAAGAGCCUCCACCCCAGUUUAUUAGCCCCGAUCUUAAAACGGAUCACCCAGUGGUAUGUAAAAGGAGAAAAAG